UGAAUAAGAAUGACGAAGAAAAAUAAUGGGGAAUGUGUAGUGGACUGAUGAGUAUAUAAUUGAGAGAAACAGUAAAUUGAGAGAGCCAAGAUAAGGAUUGAGGAAUGGAGAAUAAGGGCAUGAGCAAAGACUGUCGAAAGUUUUGAUGCUUUUAUGAAACGGGUCGGAGCCUCCGAUACCAUUGCUCCAGAAUGCGAAACCAAGGAUUUCUUCUCCGAUUUCAUGAGAGGACUCCUCAAGGUCGAUCGCAUCGAUCGUGGCCGAGUCUCCUGCUUCCUCUCCGUCAAACCCUCCGCUACGAAUGUUUAUGGUGGAUUGCAUGGAGGGGCUGUUGCAUCUGUGGCAGAGAUGGUGUCAAUUGCUUGUGCCAGAACUGUUGUAGGCAAAGAUAAGGAGCUCUUUCUUGGAGAAUUGGGCAUCUCUUAUCUGUCUGCUGCUCCCCGCAAUGCAGAAUUGAAUGUUAAUGCAUCUGUGGUAAGAAGUGGGAGAAACUUGACUGUAAUUGCAGUUGAGUUCAAAGUGAAGGACUCUGAGCGUUUAGCUUAUACUUCUCGCGCUACCUUCUACAACAUGCCUGUUGCAAGUUUGUGAAGUUCCCCUUAUGCCAACACAUGAAGGAUGAAUGUCUAGAUAUGUUCGAUGAUAAAAUGACAAAUGAUGGAUUGAUGCAGUAGAAGUGCUAACUGCUUGGAAUUGGAACACUGGAACUACCAUUUAUUAGAUGCCGAUGCAAAUGUUGAGAUAAUCUCAAACAUAUGCAAAGAGGAACAAAUAAGGAGAUAAUAAAUUAUCCAGUAUGUUGCUAAUCAUAUUAUGUUCAAGCAGUAUUUGACACCAAAGUUCCCAAAAAGCUUAGUUUUAUGUACAAGACUUUUGCACAUAUGUAUAUUUGUGUAAUUGCUAGCUCUCAUAUUAAAUUGGAACUAAAAUAUUAGUUCUAUUCAUCAGAGCAUAUAUAUCCAAUCUUGAAUACUUGAUGUUUGAUCGG